GCGCCCUUCUCCGAAAGCCGGUUCAGCGCAGAUCAACGCGUAUGCGCCCUCCUGCAGUGACCGCCGGCUCCUAGGUUGCAGCGCGUGAGCUCCAUGUGGGUGGAGAUAGGUCGAGAUACACGAGCGCAUGCGCUUGGCUUGUGUUGGCCGAAGGGACAAAGCCCCCAGCAAGGCUGUUGCGCUGCAGGGUGCGAACUCCUCGCGGCUGUUUGUGCGCGCGCACCAGGUGGUGCGGCCCCUCCCCCCAGCUGCUACGCAUGCGCGUUCCUUUCGGAGACGGGCUUUGACGCGCGUCGGGCCGCCCCCGGGUUAAGUCGCAGCGUCUUGACUUCAUCGGUGGGAACCGGAAGCGCUGCCUAGUUACCAAGAUGGAGAGUGUGAUUUACAGUAAGCUACCACCGCAGGCUGCAAAGCUAUUGGAUCUCCAGCCUCAAGGAUCAAAAGAGGCCGAAGCUUUUGUAAAUGCCUUUCUGAAGCGUAGUAUGCCACGACUGAAAGAUGAAGCCAUCCAGGAUAAGCUAACCCGAAAAGCUGUAGUUCUUGAGCAUUGUGCUAAAAGAAGGAAAAAGGAAAAAAGGAAGAAAACUAAAGGGUUUUCUGCCAAGCAGAGGAGAGAAAUGCGGCUCUUUGAAGUUAAACCAGAACAGCAAAAAUAUGAGUUGUUUCAACCAUUACAUGAACUCUGGAAACAAUACAUCAGGGAUCUGUGUAACGGACUCAGACCAGAUGCACAACCACAGAUGAUUCAGGCCAAAUUGCUAAAAGCUGAUCUCCAUGGAGCUAUUGUUACAGUAACUAAAUCAAAAUGUCCCUCUUAUGUUGGGAUCACAGGAAUUAUUCUACAGGAAAUGAAGCAUAUUUUCAAAAUUAUCACUAAAGAAGAUAAAUUAAAAGUUAUUCCCAAGCUUAACAAUGUAUUUAGCCUUGAGGUUGAUGGCUUUAUUUCCCACAUCUAUGGUAGCAAGUUCCAGCUUAGAGCAAGUGAGCGUUCUGCAAAGAAGUUCAAAGCAAAAGGAACUAUUGACUUGUGAUUUUAAGGAAAUUCAAAGAUAUUGGGGCUUCGUUCAUAAACUGAAAAUCAAGUUAAAAAACAAGAACAUAUGGAAUUCUACAUCUUCUAAAGUACUUCUUUAUACAGAAGUAUGAGUUACAAGAAACAUUUAAGUUGCAUCUGUUUUAUGUACUAGGUGGUCUCCCAAAAUCCUCAAAUUGCAGCAAUAUGUCAAUAUUUCAUUUAUUGAAAAUAGUGUAUAACUACAUAUAUUUUUUUAAUAGUAAACUAAUAUUUGUGGUGAUUCACAUCACUUUGUUUGUCAAAAUAAAAUCCUUUUCCCAAUUAU